GGUGAAUCUUCAAAAUGGCGUCCAAAGCAACGAACGGAAAAAACGAAUAAAUUUUAAAAAAAGAUGAUGCAUUAGAAGUUAUUUUACACCGUCAGUAUAUCAUUCAAUGAUUCUAGAUAAAUCAACCAAAGAAUCUCUAAAGAUGUGAAAUACAUCUUCUUUAUAUAAAUUGAAACCGUCAGAAUGAACCCCUAGAAUGUAAAAAACACCCGGGUAUAAAUUGGAAUUGUCAGAAUGAACCCCUAGAAUGUAAAAUACACCCUGGUAUAAAUUGAAACUGUCAGAAUGAAUCCCUAGAAUGUAAAAAACACCCUGGUAUAAAUUGAAACUGUCAGAAUCCUGAAGACAAAUAUAGUACCGUACCGACAAUAUACACGUAACUAGGCAAUUUGUGGACUAACAUCUUAUAUUAUCACAAUAAUGUCUGACGACGACGACGACACGUACAGCUACGAGGAAUCGUGGGACGAAUCGGGUAGUAAAACGUUUAGUAGUUUGGGUGAUUCAUCUCUAGGAACGAGUGAACUCAGAGAUGAAACGCAAGAAAAUGAAGACAAAAAACGUGCAUUGCCAUUGGUUUUGAAAAAACAGAAGGGUUCAUUUACUGGACAACUUUGGGUGGAUAAUUCUGAAAAUCGUGGAGCGUUGGAUGUUUCCCCGAGAGUCGUAGGAUCUUCUAUACAAAGAAAUAGCAUGUUAAAUCCGGGUUUGCAUUUCUUGGAGAACAACGAUAACCCAGUGACGUCAAAUCGUGGAGCGUUGGAUGUUUCUCCGAGAGUCGUAGGAUCUUCUAUACAAAGAAAUAGCAUGUUAAAUCCGGGUUUGCAUUUCUUGGAGAACAACGAUAACCCAGUGACGUCAAAUCUCAGAAGAAGUAGUUCCAUCAUGAGAGAAAGUAGGGAAAGUGUUGGAGUUGAAGAUUCCCGGAAAAUAAAUACACCCAAAAAGAUGCACGUACAUUUCAGUAAUACAUUGGAAAUAGUGCAUGAUAUUCGCGACUCUCCCCCAGAAUUCUCUGAUUCAGGAGAGAUCAGUUCAGAAGAUAGCAGUGAUCGGACAGAUACAUCAACCAGUAAAUCGUUAACCGAUAAAUAUACGAAUGACUUUGAUUCUCUGUCGGGCAAAUCGUACUCCGCUGAUUUUGAAUCUUCGACGGCCAAAUCUUAUUCAAGCGAUUUUGAGCAGACGUUCAGUGAAGACACGGACACGUAUCAGUCCAUCUCUCAGGAUCAGGAAACAUCUCAGCUCAAUAGCCAAUCAGUGUUUAGUGACAGCAGUGACACCUAUAGGAACGUCAGUGAUAGCGAAUCGUACACAGAUUCUCAAUAUAGCGACAUUAGUUCGUUGUCGGAUGAUAGAUCGGAUGCCACUGAGACUGGUGACGACCUCUACAGUGAUACAUUUGAAUCGGCUACGAAAACUUCUGGAAGAUUGUCCAGCAGUUAUAGAUAUGAUGAUGACACAUUUGAAGACAGUGACACGUCCAGUAUUAAACACAGUAUAUUGGAUAGUCUCGUAUUUCCAGAUUUAAGUGAUAUUGAAACGACUGAUGUAACGUAUGCUAGAGAUCAGUUUGUAGCAGAAACUAUUUAUAAACUUAAACAUCCUGAUAUUAAACUUGACUUUCACCUGGCAGAUGAUAAACCUAAAACAGAAAGUAAAAAAGAUAGAAUAUUGUCAGAGUAUUGUCAGAUGAAAAUUGAUCAACUGAAGUCUAAACAAGAUAAACCUGAAGAAAAGACAAUGAAAUUAAAACCGGACCCUAUACCUGUAGAAACAUAUGGAAUAGGAACCCAGCAAGUUGAACGAUUAAAAUUACAAAACUUCAUGAUGAAGUUAAAACAGAAAUGUGAAGAAGAGAUCCAUGAUAUUAAUACAUGUCCUGAUUGUAGACAAAGGUCUGAUGAGAUCGAUGGUGCUCUUCAAGAGAAAGAAUUUAUUAAACGGAUAAAACAGAAAGUCGAAUCAGAAAUAAUGGAGGAUAAAAUACAGAAACAUCUGAUAGAAAUGAAUUCUGUGAAUCUAAUAGCAAAGAUAAUACGAGAAAUUCCCAAGCUGAGUGACGAUUCUAGAGAAACUAUCUAUACAUACAAACAAAAAGUUCAACAACGUUUCAUAAACUCAUGACCUCAUGUGCAAAAAAUAGUUUUUAGGAGAAGUCUGUGAUAUUGUUAUGGUAAAACUAUUCAAUUCUCCUCCGUGUUUGUUAAAGUAUUUAUUCUCCCGUUAAUCUUGAUUUGAUACAAAUAUUGCGCAGUUGUAACUUUUUAUAUAUUUUUAAAAAUUAUUUUUGUAAAUUUGUGAUAUAUUUAUAUUGUACAAUUAUUAUUUUAAUUUUAUAUAAAAUAUUUGGUGUAUAUUUAUUAUUAUUAUGCCUGGGAGGUGGCUGAAUGGUUAACACGUGGAUCAGAAGGUCUGUCAUUAAGUCAAGUCUUGAUUGUCAAAUUUGUUUUGGAGCCGUCUCAGAGUUGCCCGAGGAAGUUCAUCUGUAUUUUCAUGUCAGUUGUAGAGGACAUGCCAGGGGACAGUGUCUAGUCUUUUGGAGCAGACAAAAAAAUGAAAUCAACAUGGAUAUUUGUUGCCAUGCCCAUAAAAGAAUCCUUGAAAGUUGAAAUUCAAUUAAGAAUUUCCAUAAGACACAUUCUUCUCUCUCUUCCUGUCUUAAUUCCCAGGGAGCCUCAGUGAGUAAGACAUUGGCUCGCCAACACGGAAGUCCAGUGUUUGCCAAGAAAAGUUCCAGCUUGAUUCCAUUUGUCAGUGGUGCAGGAAGGGAGACCUGGCAAGAGAUAAUGUAUAGUCCUUCGGAUGGGACAUAUAGUGUGCACUUACAAGAACCCUUGGCAGUUGGAAUUUGAUAUUAGAGUAGGAAGUAGCACCGCUGUCCUGUCAGUGCAAAACAGGACGUUAAACCCCAUUUUA